GAAUGUUUGUGUUCCGGUUUAUUAAGGUCAACUCACUGGGUCAGCUUUGUUGAUAGAAAACGUAUGAUAUCCGGGGAAUUUAAUGGUUCUACUUGCUGUCAAAGCUGUCAAGCUGGACACAGUGUCGAUUUAUCAUAAAGCACAAAAGGUUGAUUCUAAAGCACUGCUAAAUUUAAAUGCUAAAUUGGUCAGGAUUAGAACGUUAUGUGGUACGUGAUGGAAAACUUACAGCAAAGAUACAAUUUAUCCGACAGAUUAAUUAGAGCCAUCAGUAACUGGCGUACAUUUUCUAACUCUAAUGAUGAUAUAGAACAGUUGAUAGAAUUAGGAGCAGAUGUUAAUCGCCUACAUGGUACAUUAUUACCAUUACAUUGUGCCUGUAUGGCUAGUGAUAAUUACUGUUUGAGGCUUCUAUUACAGAAGGGAGCUAGGGUUAAUGAAGUAGAUGGAUAUGGAAGAACAGCUUUACAUUAUGCUGCUGAAAGAGAUGUAUUUUGUGUAGAUAUACUAUUACAACAUGGUGCAGAUGUUAAUGUUGGUGAUGGUAAUAAUGAUACACCUUUACAUUGGGCUGCCUAUACAAACAAUGUACAGUGUGUUAAACUUCUGUUACAAAACGAAGCAUAUGUUGAUGUAUUGGAUUAUAAUCAUGACACAGCCUUGAGUUGGGCUGCACGAAAAUGUCAUUUAGAAAUUAUUAAAAUUUUACUGGAAUAUAAUGCUGAUGUAACAACUCGAAAUCUAAAUGGACAGACUGCUUUAAUGAGAGCUGCUGCUAUUCAAGCCAGUGGAUUAAAUACAGAUAAUGACGAUGCUUGCUUAGAAUUACUCAUCAAGGCUUCAGGACAGUUCGAUCUACGUAAUGCUAAAGGAGAGCUAAUUGCCGAUAUUGCAAGGGAUAAUAAAUUGAGUGAAAUGCUGCUUCCAUUCUGUGUAUUACCACGUUCCCUGCUAACCCUAUGUAGACAUAAGAUACGAUCAGGAUUAAGAUACCGAUAUCUACCCAAUGUUAUUCCUCAACUAAAACUUCCUAGAAAAUUACAAGAGUAUGUUCUACUACAAAGAUGAUUAGAGUGUGUAUAUAUUUAACUGCUAAUUUAACAUAAUGCAUAUUGAUGAAUGGUUAUUGUAUUUAGAUUUAAAAAUGCAAAUGGAUUUCACUUUCAACUGUAUGCAAUAGCUCUGUUAGAAAUAUAUCUUUAUUGCAUGACUGAAUUUAUAAAUCUGGUUAUUGUUAAGAUAUUCAUGUAAAAUCUUCCUGUUUAAAAAUAGGCUUUAUAGUUCAAUCUUUUCUAAUCUGUCCAUAAAAUAUAAUAUGUAGGAAAGAAGUCUCAAGGCUAUUAAGAAUCAAAAGUUUUUUGGUACUAUUAAUUAAAUCUAUAAGCCUAAGACAUGUUCAAUAGUUUAUUGAAUAGUUUAAUAACAACAGAAUGUUCAUUUUCUUAACUUAGAUCUAUUAUAUAAUUAGUGGACUUUAGAAUAGAAAAUAUUUACUUAGCAAGAGUUUGUUUGUAUAAACAAAUUAAGUGUCCAAUGUUAUACUACCUGGAAUUUAAAUUGUAUUACAUGUACAAUCAACUUUUCUAAGAAAAUUUAUAAAUAUAAUUUUUUUUAACUUGAUAAGAUUAUUUCUACCUAUAUAUUUGGCAUAGCUCAUUUAUUUUCUGAAAUCUUUUUAUAGUAUUAUCAUUUAUGAACUUACAGAUUAUACGGAUUUAGAGUUCACAAAGAAAAUACACAAAAUAAAAUUGCUUUUAUGCUACCAAUUUAUUUCUCUAUAUAAUUGUUAACACUGGAAAUUGUUUGAUGAUUUAUUUAUUACUAUUACCCGUAUUUGUUAGUUUAUUUAUUGUUAUGCACCGAUCUACAUUUUACAUGUAUGGUCAAUUAUAGAAUAUCAACACAUUUGAGAUGUAUAGUCAAUCAUAGAAUAUGGACAAAUUUUAAAUCUGACCAUCAAUACUCUUUCAUACAAACUAACCAAAGCUGUAUACAUGUACAUACCACUUUUAACUUAAGGUAAAAGAUGUACAUUGUUGAAAUAUUUUUAAAUGUUAAAAUGUCAAUUUUUAAUAAGAAGUUUAGAAGCAAACUGAAAAGAAAUAAACUAUAUACUUACAGACAGUCAAAUGUUUUAAUAUUAAUUUCUAAAAACAAUGAUGAAAAUUUAAAAUGGAGAAACUCAAAAUUGCUAUUAAGUGGAGUUAGAUACAGUGGACAUAUAUUUUACUAUUAUCAUUUAUUUAAUUGUUUUCGUUAGUGAAUUUCUCCUACAUUUAUGUUUAAAAAAAAAAAUUACCAUUACAUAAAAGGACAUAAUUAUUAGAAAAAAGUUAGUACAUAUUUAUCUGUACUUUGAUACACACAGAUACAAGUGUUGCUUGGCAAAAAUAGUCUGAAAAUAAAGCCUUAUCCAUAACGCACAAAGGCCACCACAGUUAUUCUGAAAUGUCAAUAUAGCUGUUUGCUUUCAAUUAAUGGACACACAUCUAUAGCUUAUGUGUAAUUAAUUGUAAGAUCUGUUACCGGCUGGCACUCUCUGUUCAAAUUAAUUGAUACAGUGCUACCUACCAAUAUUAUUUUUAUUUUUGUGAAAGUACUGCACAGAUCUUAAAGUAAUCUCUUCAUGAUAUGCUUUCAUAUUCCCCCACAGUAUAAUUUGUCUUCUCCUCUUGUUUACAUUUCAUAUUACAAAGAUUAUUCACCCUGUAUACUAUUGUAUUGAACAGUCUGCUAGAACAAUUUGCUUGUCAAGAUCUUUCUUCUAACUUCUCUAAAGAGGCAUUGUGUGGGAGCUAUUUCUGUUUAUGAUUAGUCUGUUGUCUGGAUUCAAAUAUUAUAUACAUUAUAAAUUAGAGAUUUAUUUAUUUAUUUGACAAACCCCAAAUCAACUCUUUAGACAUCCUUUAGAUAUUAAGUGGAUUAGCCAAAGCCGGCCAUAUCUAAAUCUUAUAUAAUGCAUCUUAUUGUAUUCAUUUUAUUUAUAUUAUGGUAUACUGAUAUAAUAAACAUGCUUUGUCUGAUCAUGAAUAAAUGAAAUAAUAACAACAAACUUUAAAU